UGGUAAUUCUUGUUGUUAUAGAGUUCUAACGUAUUUCUGAGCUCUGAGAAAUACGGCCGGUCAUUCUUUAUUUAUAUGUUUCGAAAAUCAUCCAAUGAGUAUCUCAAUGGCACAAUCCAAAGGCCAUCUUUUCGUUGGCGGGAAAGUGUUCCUGCACGCCAAGAAACCGGGGCUCGAGACGGAGCCUCAGUUUGGGGACGCAAUUUACAUACGCGACGGAAUCAUCGAGCACGUUGGUUUGGAGGACGAUGACGCUAUUUCCCAGUCCCGAGCUGCGGGUGCUAUUAUACACAAUCUCGACGGUCGAACCGUUCUGCCGGGCUUUAUAGAUGGUCACAUUCACUUGCUAAGGCUAGGACAAUCACUGAGCAAAGUUGCGCUGGACCAUUGUGAGAACUUGGAUGAUAUUCGCAAGGCUAUUAAGGAUUACGCGGUUUCAAAUCCCAACGAACCUCGUAUCUUAUGUAAGGGAUGGAUGAGAUAUAUGUCAAAACCUCUUGCAAGUCUGGUCGAUGACUUAGACCCUCGGCCUAUCUAUGUAGAUUCUAAGGAUCUUCAUACAACCUGGUGUAGCACCUCUGCUCUUGAGGAAAUUGAUGCAAAGAAUCUAGCAGAUCCCGAAGGAGGCAAAAUCGAACGAGAUUCGGAUGGAAACCCUACGGGAGCUUUCGAGGAGGCCGCCGUCUUUACUAUUAUUUGGCCUUUCCUUGCCUCAGUUGCAACUAAAAAUGAUCGCGAGGACUGGAUCCGGGAAGCAGUACAGACAUAUAAUAAGUCUGGUUAUACCGGGGCAAUAGACAUGGCUAUGGAAGAACAGGCGUGGACUACUCUUCUCGAGAUACGCGAAGAACAGGGAGAACGGCCAUUGCCAUUCCGGCUUGCGGCUUACUGGCUUAUGACACCCUCAAGCUCAGAAGCCGACUGUCUUUCUCAGGUCGAUCGGGCCAUCGAGGUGCACAAGCAACUUAGCGCCAAGGACUCGCCAGACCUUCACGUCGUCGGCAUUAAGGUCAUCUGCGACGGCAUCAUUGAUGCCUGCACCGCCUACAUGUCCGAACCUUAUCUGAAAGGGGCUGACGCUACGAAACAUGCCACGGGCGAGCCGUUCUGGAACCCCGAGAUACUCAAUGCGGUUGUGCGCAAAGCUGAUGCCGCGGGUUUGCAGGUCGCGCUUCACGCCAUCGGAGACGCUGCUAUUACCAUGGCUCUCGACGCCCUGGCUACGUGCUCUCCAAAGAACCGCCACCGCAUGGAACAUCUCGAGCUCGCAUCCGCCCGGGACGCCAAGCGCCUCGGCGAGUUCGAAAUCACCGCUUCGAUUCAGCCUGUACACGCUGACCCAUGGAUCCUCCGGGCGUGGCCAGAUCUUCUAGGUCACCGCUGCGAGCGCGCUUUCCCCUACCGGGAGUUCUCGGACAGCGGCGCACCGCUCGCUCUCGGAAGCGACAGUCCUACAUCACCGUGGGAUAUCAUGGGCAACGUCUACGUCGCUAGUACAAGGAAAUCCUACAGAAACAGGCAAUACGAGGACGUUGUCAACUACAACUUCCGCCUCGGCGUAUGCGAGUCUGUCGUUGCUGCGAGUUAUGGGUCGGCCAGAAGCGUAUUCUGGGAUGAACGGCUAGGUAGCCUAGAGGCGGGUAAGGUGGCGGAUUUCACCGUAUGGGAUAUGGAAUGGGAGAAGGAUAAGCUUCUUGGUGCUGCGGUGAGGGAAACGUGGUUUAAUGGUGAACAAGUAUGGGGUGCAGAGUAGGUAAGACAUAAAUACCUUAUAUCCCGAUCUAAUCUGGAAGCUCAGUUUAUAGAAGCGAUGGAUUAAUAAGUCUAUAAUAUAAUAUGAGUUAAAUAACC